AUGGCUACCCCUUCGGCAAUCACUAUUGGUAACGGAUCGUUUACUGGAAAAUGGGUGAUCCAAGGGGUCGGCUGGGUUCUGCGGAAGGCAGCUUCCCUAGCAGUGGUAACUCUCCACUGCUCUAUCUCGGCCCCCUCAGCCAGCCAUGCCGGCGCCGACUCUCAGCCUUCUCCACAGAGUUCGCAUCUUUCGGUUCUCCAAGUCCCCACUGCUGGACUGGGACCGAUCUCCGAGUCGCGCAUAUUGGAUUGGGAGGAGCGGACCCCGCUGAGGGAUUUUCUGUUCGGGACUCGUCUAUCACGGAAUCACUUGAUAGCCGGUAAACGUGGCGUUGGUGGCCGCAUACUACCCGACUUGGUCCCCGAGACGGCAAUCCAUAACGAGUUGAUUGGUCAGAUGCUGAGGGGGGAGACCCCACCCGAUGGCUGUGACGGGAGUGGAUUCCUAGUGGAGGGUGAUGACGAUGAAGCUGAAGAUGCAGGUCUCUGGAUCCAUAGUUUCGAUUAUCGGGAAGAUGGAGCGUGGACUGUGGAGCAGGUUUGGGGAUUUGAGAUGAUUGGCGGGGAAAGAUUCCAUACGCGAAGAUUUGUGGUUGCGAGCAAAGGGGGUAAGAUUGAGAUGGGUCGCAUUGUAUUCUCGUAUGCUGGACCCCUUGAGGGCUGA